CCUGAGAGACUUGCCUGGUUAUACACGAUUUAGAAAACCAUUCUAUCAAGUUCACUAUACCCGGCAACCAUUGUUCUCUUACCUUUCUUUCUUUCUUUCUUCUCUUGUUGUGAUCUCAUCAUCCCCUGAACUUGAGCCUCAAUCAUGGCUGCAAAACUUCAGGGUAGAGCUUAUCUCUCUUCCUUUGUUGAUGCUGUUUUGAACAAGCUGUCUUCACUCGAUGUCAACUCAACCCCCGAAGCAAAGAAGUUAGAUGACCAGAAGUUGCUUCAAAAGCUGAGGAAGAGUCUCCGUGCCACUCGACCUGUGCUUGAUGAUGCUGAGCAGAGGCAGAUCCGAGACCAAGAAGUCAACAAGUGGCUUGUUGAUCUCCAAGAUGCUCUUUAUAUGGCUGAUGACUUGCUCGAUGAACUCUCCACUAAAGCUGCCACUGCCACUGCCACUCCCACUCCCACUCAGAGAGAUCCAGGUAACUCUUCUUCCUGGUCUCACUAUGUUGAUUCAAUUUUGGAAGAUAGUGAUGACGAUGAGAUGGGGGUAGUGACUAGCAUGCAAGACAUAGUUGACAAACUAGAGUCUAUUGUUGAAGAGAAAGAUGAUCUUGAUCUGAAACAAGGGGUUGCCAAAGAUCUGGAGGACAUGUCAUGGAGAAUUCAAUCAUCCCUGAUUGAAAGUUCUGAUAUAUAUGGCAGGAACGAUGACAAAGAGACCAUCAUAAAAUUUUUGUUAGACGACACUUGUGAUGAUAAUUUGUCUGUGAUCUCUAUAGAAGGUAUUGGUGGAAUCGGAAAGACUACUUUGGCUCAAUUGGUUUACAACGAUGCCAGAGUGAAGAAAAAGUUUGCCAUUAAAGCAUGGGUGUGUGUUGCAACAAAAUUUGACCCGGUUAAUGUUACCAAGGCUAUAAUGGAAGACAUAGCUUCUUCUCCUUGUAACAUGGUUAACUUGAAUUCAAUUCAAACAGAAUUGAAGGAAAAGUUAACUGAAAAGACAUUUUUGGUAGUUUUAGAUGAUGUUUGGGAUAAUCAGCAAAACUUGUGGGACAAUUUUCUAAAACCUUUUUUGAGUGGGAAUAAAGGAAGUAAAAUUCUUUUAACUACUCGUACUAGAAAUGUUGAUUCUGUAAUGUCAACUACAAAUAGGCAUUACAAGUUAGAUAUAUUGUCCGACGAGGAUUGCUGGUCUUUGUUUUUGAAACAUUCAUCUAUUUCUACUAGUUCUAGAGAAUAUGUAAUCUUAGAACAAAUUGGUAAAAAAAUUGUUGAAAAAUGUAAGGGAUUACCUUUGGCUGUGAAGACACUCGGGGGUUUACUGCGCAAUAAGGAUAAUGUAGAAGACUGGGAGAAUAUACGGGAAAGUAAAAUUUGGGAGCUUUCUGAAGAUGAGAGUAAGAUUGUUCCUGCAUUAAGAGUUAGUUAUCACUAUCUUCCUUCGCAUUUAAAGCGGUGUUUUGUUUAUUGCUCAUUAUAUCCUGAGGAUUAUCAAUUUGACAAAGAGGAAUUAAUCUGGUUGUGGAUGGCUGAGGACUUCGUACAAACAAUAGAAAGUUACACAUUGGAAAAUAUUGGUCGUGCAUAUUUUGAUGAAUUAGUUGCAAGGUCAUUUUUUCAGCCUUCUAGUGAAAAUGCUAGCUUAUUUGUAAUGCAUGAUCUUAUGCAUGAUUUAGCAACAUUUUUUGCUGAAAAAUUCUAUUUCAGAGUCAGUGAAUUAGGAGAUCCACAAAAGAUUUGCAGCAAAACUCGUCAUUUGUCAUAUAUGGUAAAUCCUCGUGAUCCAAUUUUAAGACUUGGAGAGGCCUGUAAGGGAGCAAUACAUAUGAGAACCUUUUUGGAUGUACGUUUUCCUCAUCAGCCAGAUGGAUUAAUUAAGUUAGAAAGUGAUUUUUGGCUCUUACAAUUACAAACGAGGUGUUUAAGAGUUCUGUCAUUUAAAUGUUUUCCUAUUGAGUCAUUGCCUGUUUCAAUAGAUAAACUGAUCCAUUUGCAUUAUUUGGAUCUCUCUCACACACCUAUCUUGACAUUGCCUGAGUCAUUGUGUAAAUUAUACAAUCUCCAAACGUUGAAGUUGAGGUGUUGUCAGAAGCUGGAGAUGCUUCCUAGCCGGAUGCAAGAUCUUGUGAACCUGCGCCAUCUUGAUAUAGAAGAUGAUUUUCAGUUAAAAGAGAUGCCAAAAGGCAUGAGUGAGUUAAAGCAUCUGAACUACUUAAGUAAUUACAUUGUGGGGAAGCAUGUGGAUAAUGGGAUUAGAGGAUUGGGAACACUUGACAAUCUUCAUGGCUCACUUUGCAUUUCCAAAUUACAGAAUGUGAAAGACAGCGGUGAAGCUUUGGAGGCAAAGAUGGGUAACAAGAAGCACAUCAUCAUUUUAGACUUGAAAUGGCUUCCCAAUAAUGACGAUGACGAUGACGAUUACGACAUGGAUGACGAUGGGGAGGAUGAUGGUGAUGAUGAUGAUUGUGGUGGUGGUGGUGGUGGUGAUAUUGUUGAUGUUGAAAAAGAGAGAGAGAUACUUGAGAAGUUAGAACCUCACCGAAAAUUGAAGGAGUUAUCAAUUUUUAGUUACAGGGGUGAAACAUUCCCCGAUUGGUUAGGCCUUCCUUGCUACUCCAAUAUGACUAAAUUGAGUUUUUAUUUUUGUAAGAAUUGCCGUCAGGUUCCUUCACUGGGACAGUUACCGUCUCUGCAGCAUCUGUUGAUAUGGGGAGUUGAUGGGUUGGAGAGAAUUGGUGGUGAGUUUUACAACAACGCUGAAUCAUCUCAUCAGGGGACACCCUUCAGAUCUCUUCAAACUCUGGUAUUUCGUGAUAUGCCUUGCUGGCGGGAGUGGCAUAUUCCUGAUGGGUUUGAUGGAUUUCUGAAACUUAAAAGCCUUUCAAUAGAAGACUGUCCGGUGUUAAGCGGAGAUCUACCUGCUCACCUUCCGGCUCUGGAGGAACUUACCAUUGGGACUGCCAUUCGUUCAAGUUUCAUGGUCAACCAUUACUAGUUCAUUAAGUCCAAACUCAGUUUUACCAAGGAAUACCCUGAGUUUGAGUUGGGAACUUAGAAUAAGUGUUGGUUGUAACACCAUUCUGUAUAUUUUAGUUAGGGUGUUAAUUUCUGCUUUGCUCUUUCGGUUUGAAUCUGUUUCGAAUCUCUUAUUCUAUUGGCUAGUUUCCUCGCAUAUAUAAGAUUGCCUUUUGUAUCUUAUGUAUAAUCAAUGAAUGAGGUUAUUCGGUUUCAUAUCAUUUAUCUCACAUA